UGAUGUUUUCUAGGUAAAUUCGCCUCGACGCCGGAAGCGUGCGACCAGUGUGACGGAGGAAGUGCGUAAAUCAUGGCGACGACGACGAUCUCCGCUGCCUCAAGGGCGGACAGAGAAAAAGAAUGGGACUUCCACCUCCGAUCGCUCUCCUCCAACGCCAGGGAUUCAUCCGCCGCCAGCGACCCUGCUUCCGAUCCCUACAUCCUUCAAACCAUCAGGAAGAUCCACGAGAUAUCCAAAGAAGGAGGAUCUGAGGAGCUGGUGGCGCGGGCGUACCCGCUGAUCAACAAACUAUUCCAGCGAUGCAUCUCGGCGCUGCCACAGUCGCAGACAUCCCAUGGAGUUCUCUUGCUGACUAUUCUUCAAUUUUUUCUUGAUUUUGGAGAAGUGGUUCUACACGAUGCUGAUCCUAGUUUAAAGACCUUCUUCCGUUCAUGCUUAAGUAGGGAGUUUGCAGAUCCAGUUGUUGCAAAAACUACAUUGGAUUUUCUCAAUUUGAACAAACCAAAGAUUUUGAGUGAUUUUCCAACCCUACUUCCACAGUUCUUUCCUUUACUUCUAAAGCUGAUUGUGUGGAAUGGGAAGAGAUUGGCGAAUGCAUUUAUGAUGCUUUUGCCAGCAAUGAUGUCAACUGGAUCGUUCCUUCCACUUUUCCAUACACUUAUGGAUUUACCAAUACUAGUUGUGGCUUUGGAAAAAGUGGAAAAAAGUUCUGGGUCUCUGGUUGGCAGCAGCAUUGCUUCGAUCCAGAAGAGCGCAGCACCUGAGAUGCUACUUGCUCUGAUGGAUGAAGCUUAUACAGGGUCAGCAAUAGAAGAUCGAGGAGGUGACUCUGGAUCUGAUGAUAAUAAUGGCAUAGAUGUUUCAGACCCUGUAUUUCUUGACUUUCUUAAAGAUGAAAAUGAUGGGAUUACUGAACGCCACUGGACAUCUCCUGCUAUGGCUGCAAUAUUACAGGCAGCUAUAAAUAAUACACAGUCCGAAAGGCUAAAAGAAGCGCUUGAUAUGACACCUCAGUUCCUUUCUUUGUAUUUUUCAAUUGCAUUGCAAGAUGUUAGCGACUCAUUACUUUGCGCAUUAAUUCCUUUGGUUAUGUCAAAGUAUGCUACGAUGUUCCCUGACAAGGUCUUCUCUUAUGAGGCUCAAAAGAGACUAUCAGAUUUUUUGUUAUCAGCAUUUCAGCGAAGUCCUAGUUUUAUUCCACUUCUAAAGAAGCCCAUCACAGAUAGACUAGGAGAAGCCUACUACAACCCUGCAAAGACAGAGUUGGCAUUAAAUUUAUGUUGGGCAAUUGGUGAGCAUGGAGCUGGAGGUUCAUCCUGCAAAGAUGUAGCUCGGGAACUUUUUGAGAGCUUAGAAUUGCUUCUGUAUGAGAAUCUUUUAUCAAGUCAUCUGGGCUCGAGCCAGGAAUUAGAUGUCGAGCCGAAUAACGUGGCUUCCAGAAAAUCUUCUCAAGCUAGACUUCUUUCUUUUGUGGUGACAUCUAUUGCAAAGUUAGCAACAUGCCACAAGGAGCUACUUCCAAGGGCUCGGGUGUCUCUAGCUAAGGUAGCACGUUCAAAAAAUAUAGACAGGAGGGUCUGGCGGCGUGCUUGUGACUACUUAGGUUUAAUGAGUGAACCAGCAAUAUGUCUAUCUAUCUUGGGCCCUUCAACUGAGCAGGUCAAUGGUCCUGGAAUCAUCAAUUGGAGUGAGGGAGGAUCAAAGAUGGUCGCUCAUAUUCCAUUUUACAUACUCAGCGAACAAGAAGGUCCACCGUUUCAUGAUUUUUCAUUCGCUGAUAUCAUCCCACAAAAAUGAGGCUCUGCUGUUUAAACUAGAGAUCAAUUCCUGCUCGUCUAAACUAGCAAGGAAAAUCAGUGCUGCUGCUUAUCGAUUCGAAUCAGAUCCCCAUGAAUGCUAAUUUGGAAGAAACUCCCAACUAUAUGACUUGUUCAAUGAGGUGAUGUUAAACAUGUCAGCUGAAGACUAAUGAAACACUUGAUUCAUGUACCAGAGAAAGGGUUUUCACUAAGCUAAGUACAAAUAAGUGGCCAUAAAAAAAUAUGGAAUCAGUGAGUAGUGAAAAUACCUUUUUGUUUCAGAUUU